CUGGCAACACUGCCUUCAGCUGUGCCUUCACACUCUUCACAAAUUAUAAUUAUUGUGCCUGAUUGUGUGUCCAGCUUCAGUCCUUGUGAUUGUUAUCUGUUACUUUAUUUUCUGCAAUGUCUAAAGCAAAAAAGGUGCUGGAAGAAGCCCGAGAAUUACAAAAUCCUGAAAUGGAUUUGUGUGACCGUGGCAUAGGCACGUUUGAAGAGUUGUCAGGUUUAUUAAAUAUGACUUACAUCACUCGUCUGACCCUGAGUCACAACAAACUAAAAUCUGUGCCUCCCGGAUUAGCAAAUCUCACAAAUUUAGAAAUAUUAAACUUGUCAAAUAAUCUAAUAGAAGAGCUUCCUCUUUCCCUAUCGUCAAUGCCAAAGUUACGGAUUCUUACUUUGACGAUCAACAGACUAUACAACUUACCGAGGGGAUUUGGAGCAUUUCCGGUACUAGAAGUGUUGGAUUUAACGUAUAAUAAUCUAAAAGACUCAUCUUUACCUGGAAACUUUUUUAUGAUGGAAACAUUAAGAGCAUUAUAUCUGGGAGAUAAUGAUUUUGAACGCUUGCCACCUGAUAUAAAGAAUCUGAAGAACCUACAAAUUCUUGUUUUACGAGAAAACGAUUUAAUUGAACUACCCGGAGAGAUUGGUGAUCUACCGAGAUUGAGGGAAUUGCAUGUACAAGGAAAUCGGUUGACGAUCUUACCACCAGAAAUUGGAAAUUUAGACAUGGCCUCAAAUAAGUCUGUUUUCAAAUUUGAGGGCAAUGAGUGGGUGCCUCCAAUAGCAGAUCAAUUACAGCUGGGUGUUAGUCACUUAAUGGAUUAUUUAAGGAGUGAAACUUACAGAGUCUUGUUUUACGAGAAAACGAUUUAAUUGAACUACCCGGAGAGAUUGGUGAUCUACCGAGAUUGAGGGAAUUGCAUGUACAAGGAAAUCGGUUGACGAUCUUACCACCAGAAAUUGGAAAUUUAGACAUGGCCUCAAAUAAGUCUGUUUUCAAAUUUGAGGGCAAUGAGUGGGUGCCUCCAAUAGCAGAUCAAUUACAGCUGGGUGUUAGUCACUUAAUGGAUUAUUUAAGGAGUGAAACUUACAGAGUAUUGUACAGUCGAUACCAAACUAACAAACCUCCUGUACCGCCACCGUGUGUCGACAAGGCCAAGAAGGUGUCAAGAAUUCGCUGAAAAUCUUAUACAAAAUCAAUGUUCUAAUUAUAGUUCUGUUCGUACAGCUGUCGGUAAUCGCGUCCAAUAUCCCGCCGCACAAACUCCGUCCACUCUGCUACGCUAUAUAGACGGAAUUCACACGACCGGAUCCCUAACACAGUCACCGACCACUGUACGAACAAACCUUAUACCUAAUACACUGCCUUAAUGUUAAUGUAAUAAGAGUAUUAUUUACAACUUGAUUAAUUAUAACCAAAUGAUGACAGUUCUUAUAGUUACGAUGUAGUAACAUAUUAACUUAAUUUAAAGAAAUGUAUAUCGUCAGUUUCACUUUAAAUAUAUUUUUACCAUACGUUAAA